UAGUGGCUUGUCUGGAUGGACUUCUAGUGCAAAUGCUACAGUUACAAAUAAGUGUUUAAAGGAACAUAAGGAAACAAACUAAUACACAAUUCUAUCACUGUUUGUCCCACAGUACUUUUUAGCCUGUUCUCGAUUUAUCCACUGUAUAUUUUUCCUUCUACUAUCCGUCCUUACUGUUGUGUAUUAUGCCACGUGCAGUGCCCAGCGGACGCACGUACUAGAUGACGAGCGAGAUUUCUUCAACGUGGACGCCACUAGCUGGAAGAGUCCCCAGGAGAAGGCGGCACUGGUGCAGAGAGAGGAGGAACUGCGGGAGAGAAGUUUUGGGUCACGUCGAAACCGGGGCCGUCACUCUCGACAUUGCCGGGAGGAAAGUCGUGGAGGAGCACUCUGAGAUUGGAAGGUGCUGGCCCCUGUAUAUUUUGUGGAUCGCUCAUUUUUGCACCGGACGAGGAAAAAAUGUUGGCCAAGGACUCGAAAAAGGCGCAGAAAAUAAAGGAGAAGCUGAUAAAGCAGUACAAUUUACAGGAAGGAGAGAGAGCGUUUGAGCAUUUCAAGACAGUCCAGUCCUCCGGUGGCCUUGAAAAGGCAGUGUAUCACAAGGACAAGCUGCUCAACUUUGACCAGACUAGGUCUCCAUACUGUAAAAGUUUUAACAUUUUAUGAAGUUUACCCAUCAAAAUAAGAGCAAAAUGUGAAAAUUUAUUACCAGAGUCUUCUUUAG